GUUGUUUGAAAGCUUCACUAUGACUCACCUUCACUACUACAAGCUACACCAGCAAAAGCCGUGACUCCGCAAGCUGCUUGUGAUCAUCAGAUCCUUUCCUCGGCGGUGAGAGUUGUGGUUGCUCUGUCGUGACAACACAUUUUCUCGUGUUCACAGGACACAGCGAGACAAUCGUCCUAAACGAUGGCAGAGCACGGUGACCCCUGUGAUGGGCAGGAAGCCUCCUACUGCAUGAACGAGGGGACGUGCUACAAAAUACCGUCUAUAGACGGCACAUACAUUCUCUCCUGCGUGUGCAAUAAGGAUUACAAAGGCGGCAGAUGUGAGCAUUUCCAGCUCCCAAGCAAGGUCAGCGACCCUGGAGAGGCCGGGUUAAUUGCAGCCGUGACCAUUGUUGCCCUCCUAAUUUUAGUAGUGCUGGCGGUUGUUAUCUACUACACACACAAGACGCUGAAAGCCAAGCAGCAGAACCAGCAGAACACUCCGCAGCCGUAUUGGAGGGUGAACCCCACGAGUAUGAGCACACCUACGCAUGUCUGAUGAGAUGAUCAAAAUAUGACAAUGAAAAAAAAAAAACAGCGGCAGAGCAACCCUGCUUCACCAAGUCAAGGCAGGUGAAGCGCUGCCGAACGCUGAACAUUCUCAUGAGAAUUAUAGGUUCCACACAGGAAAAGACACACAAGAGCGUAAUUCAUUAACACGCAAACGGAGUGUGAAACGAGUGUGAGUGAGCGGGAAUUGAAUCACACCUUUCACAGUAGCCUCUUUAACAGCUAUCAGGUUGGCUCUGGUGUUACUCAUGUUAGAAAUCACAUUUCAAUCUAUAUGCUUUGUCUAAAAUGUAUUUUAAAAGUAUAGUUGGACAAUUGAAAAAUAAUUUUGUCAAAUAUUCUAAAUAUUAACCCUGUAAAGCAGGAAAAAAAGCCUUGCAUUAAUGUAAUUGUGUAAAUAUAUACAUAUAAAUAUAUAUAUAUAUAUAAUGAA